AGGCAUCAGUGCACCGCCGCCGGGGCUGGGGCCAGGGCUGGAGCUGUCAUUGGAACUGGACGCGGCGGACCUGAAGCUGGGCCGGGGCGGAGCGCCGCGCUGCGCCGGGGCCGCAAGGAGGGGUGUGUUGCUGCCGGCCCACCGCGAGCCGCCCCCAGCCCGCGCCGAGGUGCCCUCCUGCCAGGCCGCCUGCCUCCGCCUUCCGCCUCCCUCCAUUUCCCCGGAAUUUCAGCCCGGCGCGCCUGCACCCCGGCCCUUCUCUGGGUGGGGAAGCUCCGGGCCGCUUUCCGGCUUCACUCCUUCCUCGCAGGCUGGGCUCCCAGCCCCCUCUCUUCUUUUCCUGGAUUGGCUCCCACCCCUUUCGUUCCCCUUCCCCGAGCCCUUAGCUCGGGCUCCCUGCCCCUUCCCUUAGCUGAGUCCCAGCUCCUCAGUCACUUUCCUCAGCCAAGGGUCCCAGCCUUCCCUCCUCCUUUUCCUUGCCUGGGGUCCAGCCUAUCCUGUCCCUUCCUCUGUCUCUAGGGUGCAGUCUCUUCCCCCACCCCUUUUUCCAGGCCUGGAGUUCCAGACCUUUUAGUCUCUUCCUGUGGUCCUUUCUGGGUCCUUGUCCCCUUUCCCCAGUUUGGAGUUCUCCAUUGCAAACCCAGCCUCCCUCCAUUCCCAGAGAUCUGCUUCCACACAAUUACCUCUCUAAAACAUGAACUUUUCCUAGGAACUGCCCCAGACUGUCUCCUACCUGCUGACCCCUUGCUACCUAUGUCCCAGGUCUUACUCUCACUUUGCUGACAGUCAAGGCCUGCUGAGCCAAGGGAUCAGCAUGAUGCCUCUGUGGUCGGGCGUCUGUGGCCGCUCUCCCCCACGAAUCUUCCCUUCAUUGCUCAUGGUGGUAGCCUUGGUGGGGUUGCUACCGGUUCUCAGGAGCCAUGGCCUCCAGCCCAGUCCUACUGCCAGCACCAUCCGAGGCUCAGAGCCACCACGGGAACGCUCUAUUGGGGAUGUCACCACCGCCCCACCGGAGAUUCCCCCCGAGAGCCGGCCUGUUAAUCAUUCCGUCACUGAACACAGCAUGAAGACUCGAAAGGCCUUUCCAGUCCUGGGCAUCGACUACACACAUGUGCGCACACCCUUUGAGAUCUCGCUCUGGAUCCUGCUGGCCUGCCUCAUGAAGAUAGGUUUCCAUGUGAUCCCCACUAUCUCGAGCAUCGUCCCGGAGAGCUGCCUGCUGAUCGUGGUGGGGCUGCUGGUGGGGGGCCUGAUCAAGGGCGUGGGCGAGACGCCCCCCUUCCUGCAAUCCGACGUCUUCUUCCUCUUCCUGCUGCCGCCCAUCAUCCUGGACGCGGGCUACUUCCUGCCGCUGCGGCAGUUCACAGAGAACCUGGGCACCAUCCUGAUCUUCGCCGUGGUGGGCACACUGUGGAAUGCCUUCUUCCUGGGCGGCCUCAUGUACGCCGUGUGCCUGGUGGGCGGCGAGCAGAUCAACAACAUUGGCCUUCUGGACAACCUGCUCUUUGGCAGCAUCAUCUCAGCCGUGGACCCCGUGGCCGUGCUGGCCGUCUUUGAGGAAAUUCACAUCAAUGAGCUGCUGCAUAUCCUUGUCUUUGGGGAGUCCCUGCUCAAUGACGCCGUCACUGUGGUCCUGUAUCAUCUCUUUGAAGAGUUUGCAAACUACGACCGAGUGGGCAUCGUGGACAUCGUCCUUGGCUUCCUGAGCUUCUUCGUGGUGUCCCUGGGCGGGGUGUUUGUGGGCGUGGUCUACGGGGUCAUCGCAGCCUUCACGUCCCGAUUCACCUCCCACAUCCGUGUCAUCGAGCCGCUCUUCGUCUUCCUCUACAGCUACAUGGCCUACCUAUCAGCCGAGCUCUUCCACCUGUCGGGUAUCAUGGCACUCAUUGCCUCGGGAGUGGUGAUGCGCCCCUACGUGGAGGCCAACAUCUCCCACAAGUCCCACACGACCAUCAAAUAUUUCCUGAAGAUGUGGAGCAGUGUCAGUGAGACCCUCAUCUUUAUCUUCCUCGGCGUCUCCACGGUGGCUGGCUCCCACCACUGGAACUGGACCUUUGUCAUCAGCACCCUGCUCUUCUGCCUCAUCGCCCGAGUGCUGGGUGUGCUGGGCCUGACCUGGUUCAUCAACAAGUUCCGAAUUGUGAAGCUGACCCCCAAGGACCAGUUCAUCAUUGCCUACGGAGGCCUGCGAGGGGCCAUCGCCUUCUCCUUGGGCUACCUCCUGGACAAGAAGCACUUCCCCAUGUGUGACCUGUUCCUCACUGCCAUCAUCACUGUCAUCUUCUUCACCGUCUUUGUGCAGGGCAUGACCAUUCGGCCCCUGGUAGACCUGUUGGCUGUGAAGAAAAAGCAAGAAACAAAGCGUUCUAUCAACGAGGAAAUCCACACACAGUUCCUGGACCACCUUCUGACAGGCAUCGAGGACAUCUGUGGCCACUACGGCCACCACCACUGGAAGGACAAGCUCAACCGGUUUAACAAGAAGUAUGUGAAGAAGUGUCUGAUAGCCGGGGAGCGCUCCAAGGAGCCACAGCUCAUCGCCUUCUACCACAAGAUGGAGAUGAAGCAGGCCAUUGAGCUGGUGGAGAGCGGUGGCAUGGGCAAGAUCCCUUCUGCUGUCUCCACUGUCUCCAUGCAGAACAUCCACCCCAAGUCCCUGCCUGCCGAGCGCAUCCUGCCAGCUCUGUCCAAGGACAAGGAGGAGGAGAUUCGCAAAAUCCUGAGGAACAACUUGCAGAAGACCAGGCAGCGGCUGCGGUCCUACAACAGACACACACUGGUGGCAGAUCCCUAUGAGGAGGCCUGGAACCAGAUGCUGCUGCGCAGACAGAAGGCCCGGCAACUAGAGCAGAAGAUCAACAACUACCUGACGGUGCCGGCCCACAAGCUGGACUCACCCACCAUGUCGAGGGCCCGCAUUGGCUCAGACCCCCUGGCCUAUGAGCCGAAGGCCGAUUUGCCUGUUAUCACCAUCGACCCAGCCUCCCCGCAGUCGCCCGAGUCUGUGGACCUGGUGAACGAGGAGCUGAAGGGCAAGGUCUUGGGGCUGAACCGGGAUCCAGCGAGGGUGGUGGAGGAGGACGAGGAGGACGAUGGGGGCAUUGUGAUGCGGACCAAGGAGCCCUCAUCCCCAGGCACCGAUGAUGUCUUCACCCCUGGACCAAGUGACAGCCCCAGCUCCCAGAGGAUACAGCGCUGCCUUAGUGACCCAGGUCCUCACCCUGAGCCUGGGGAGGGAGAGCCUUUCAUCCCCAAGGGGCAGUAGCGCUGGAGUCAGCGGGCAGUGCCCAUCCCACCACAGACUCUCCCACCAGAACAGGGGCUGCUGGGGGAGCUGGGGACUCCCCUCGUCCUUCCUGACCUGGAUUGGCCCUGCCCCUCCCUUGACCGCAUGGCAGCUGGGCCCACAGCCCCAACCGCAGCACGGCUUCCCCUGCCUCCUGGGAAGCGCCCUCCCUCCCACCAGGACUGCCUUCUCAAUCCAUUUGGCAGAACUGUUGGGCUGGGAGGCAGAUUCUGCCCCUUCCUGAUCCAGGCUGUCUCCCAAACCUGGCCCAGGGCCUCUGGGAUUCCCAGCCCUCAGAGGCCUGCCUCCUACUCCAUCGCCCUUCUCAUUCAAACCAAUCUUAGUUCCUAACCAAAGAGCCUCUGGCUCAGUCUUGGUCCCACCUGGAAAGGGAAGGAGCCGAGACCUCUCUUGGCCUAGGCUGGGCCCUACAUUAACAGUGGGAAGACUAGGGGACCAGGUAUCUGACUGGGGUACGAAUCAGUGACACACGGCAGGCCCACCCUCCUCCUGCUGGCUCUGUCACCUGGCCAGCCACCCUGACCUGUCUUCACUCAGAGCUGCAGGCCGAGAGCAUAUCUGAGCUUCCCUGACUGGAGCUGGGGCACUUUGGACAGUGAUGUGACUUAGCUUUCCAGACUGCUUCCCCAGGGACCACCAGACCCUUCAGGGGCUACUGUCAGGGGAGGGACUGUCAGGGGAUCCAGAAAGUGCUGCCUUUUUAUCUGUUUUGUCUGUUCACACUCCAUGUAUGAUUCAGUUUGCACAGAGGGCAUUCCUGUUUUUAAAACAUUUUGAACACCCCUGAUUGAACAGAGCUCUGGCCCUCCUACUCCAGAGCAUUACCCCUCCUCGUUUGUGCCUGUCUGCCCAACACUCUCCCCCAGAUCAGUCCUCUGCCUCCUGGGCUCUUAACUGUGGCCCUAAGGCUGUGAUUUUAGAAGUGACCACACAACACAUCCCGAUUCAUGAUUCUCUCUAACUCACUGAUGCUGGGCCUCCUGGCACCUCCUUUGCUCUUGGGCCUGACCCUCAGUCCCUGCUGACCUGUUCUUUCUCUCAUUCCCCCCACCCACCCCCUAGGCCCCUGGACCUCUUAUGUGCCCCCAGACUCCCCCUCUUAUGUGCACCGCACCCAGCUUGCUGUGGAGCCCAGCCCUUGGGGGAGAAGGCCUUCCCCCAGCAUCUCCCACCCCACCAGGGCUGGUGGUGGGCAGAGUCCUGGGCCCUUAGGGGCCUUUGCUCACAGGCACACACUCCCACCCCCACUGCCACCAUGGCCAGGCCCAGGCCUAUUGGUGUCUGUCCUUCCCCAGGAUUGUGCAAUAGUCAGAGUGCCCCUCUUCCCAGCGGACUGGGCAGUGGGUGCUCAUCUGUCCCCCUCCUCUCCGUGCAAGUGCUGUUUUGGGCAGGAGUCCCCAUGCAAGGGUGACAUUGACAACCAUGUUCAAAGCCACCACAGCUGCUGCCGCUCUGCUGCCUGUACAGAAGAAACCGAAUCUUUUUCAUAUUCUAAUAAACACGUGUGAGUUUUUAUACA